UGAACUUCCGCCCUGACUCCGGUUUCGGUUUCUCUUCCUGUCCGCUGUGUUGAUGCGAGAGCUGUGAGUAAACAUGGCCGGGCUGGAGGUGUUGUACACCUGCGUGGCAGGCAGCGUCUCCUGUCCGCAGGACGCCGUGGUCUGUCUGGUCCACUGGGAGAUGAUCAAGAGCGGCUUCCGGUGUGUCGGCUCCGGGGACGAGCCUCGCAGCUCUGAUAAGAAGUCCGAGCUGCUGCCAGCUGACUGGAGCAGCAACAAGGAGCUGUACAGCCUGAGAUAUAAAGCCAACAGCUCUGACACCAACAUGCUGCUCAAAGCCAUCUCUGUGGACUCCACCUUGAUCUUCAACCUGAUGAACUGCAGCACGCAGCAGGUUUCAGACUUGACGGUGAACAUCAGUGAUCACGUGGACGCCGGCCAGCUGCACACGUUUGACAGCGCCUUCAAGGACGCGGACGGGCUGUCGGAGAUGGUGAGGAAGCAGCUGCUGCCCCCUCAGGACAAAGCGGCGGGACAGCGAGCUGAGACGAGGAGUCGCAGGGACGAGCAAGAGGAGGAGCAGAGAAGAAGAAGAGCGGAGGACAGCGACCCGCUCCGGAUCCCCAGCAGACACCCCCGUCAGCCUCACUGGCCGGACCCCAUGGUGCCCCCCUUCGCUGCAGGAGGGGCAGAUCUGGAUCCUUUCGGGUCUCGGGGCGGCGGUGGGAUGAUCGUGGACCCCCUGAGGUCGGGGUAUCCUCGCUCCGGCUUCGACCCGUCCAGCGGCAUCCCAGACAUCCUUCCUCCAGGAGCCGUCCCCCCGGGGGCCCGCUUCGACCCGUUUGGACCGGUCGGACGUCACAGACCAGGGCCGGAUCCGGACCACAUGCCUCCUCCGGGAUACGACGACAUGUUCAUGUAGAAGCUUCCCCUCGUCGGUCUGCUCCUCAUCCUCGCUUCACUUUCUUCCACUUCACAUUUUCCCUGCAUUACCAGAAGAAAAAAAUGUGUUUUUUUCUCGAGUGUUCAUGAAGCAAUAAAUAUGAUGUAGAAAUCUGUGUCUCACUUCAGAUUAAACAUUUUUUUAAAAA